AUGAAGACACUGACGAUAGAUCCGUGGAGCUCCAGCCCAGAGGUGCCAGCAAGUGAAGCCUCCACGUCCUUCGAGGAUUCCUUCGUGACAGAGCAACCUAAUGUCACGAGGUUAGAUGACUCUGAUCAAUACCUCCAGAGACUCUACUCGAGACUCCGCCAAGUCCAGGGUGGAACCUCGAAAAAGGAUCUCGUGAACUCCCUGUCCCAAGUCAAGGAGGACACAAUUGCUCGAUUAAUCACCAGUGGCAGAAGAUUAGACUCUGAAGAAGAAGCCAUCCUCGGGACUAAUCCCUUGUUGAGACACAUAACACCACAUCUUCAGGCGAUGACAGCCAGCGAACUGGUGCAUCUGCUGAAAGCGGACGUUCUCCAAUCAUCGACAGACGAGCAACAAGAGUGCGAGUCACGGUGGGACAGCCCAAUCCCCUCGCCGACGUCCUCCAAUUAAUUACCUUAAAAAUUUUUAAUUAAACCCGUAACGAAGUCCUCCUCCCCAUUCCAUCGAGUAAACGAGAAUUGCAUUAAACAGUUCUGUCUUGAGAAUAACUUCAUGAAAUUCUGAGGAAAUAUUCAGGGAAAGGAUCCACCACCGAUUGAACACAUAUACCCCUUCCAUUUUACCUAGUUACCAGAGACAAUAGCGUCUCGUCAAAUUUGCGGGGAGUCGUUUCACGUAUGAAACUGGGUUAUCCCACCGAGUACAUAGGUUUUCCAACAUAAUAUCCACCCUGAGCAUAUUUAGAGGACUUGAUUCUUGACUGGAUGUGGGGCGUGGCUGUUGCUGGGAUGUGCAUUGAACAUAUCUCCAUUACGAAUUCUGGCGAACGAGUUGGGUAAAUGUUGGGGGAGAUUGUUGUGAAAGAGAGGGGAGGGAAAUUAUGUAAACGAAUUAAUUAGACGAAUAAAUGGAAAUGAAGAUUUAUUUAUUGAACCAA